CAAGUACAAGCUAAACAUAAUGGUUACCAAUUUGGACGAUCAAAUCAACUGGUGGUUCUAUUCUUGCAAACUAUGCUGGAGAAAAAUGGUUCAGUACGGAACUUCUCGCAGAUGCCCUACCUGCCAUACAUCAGGCGAGCACUACAGGUUGAAGGUCAGUGCAAUAGAUGGAGCCAAACACUGAAGACCUACCCGUCACUGGCCGCUUCACAUUCUUUGGCAACUGCGCCGAGGCUCUAACAGGCAAGGAAGUAGAUCUUCUUGCGCCACUCACUAAAGGUCGUCCUAAUUAUGUCCCUCCUGCCAUUAUUGCCGCGGUAGGCAAGAAGUGCACAAUCACUUGGGAAGUCGACCAGGAAACCUAUGAUGCUAAUCCUGGAGUAGUGUUCCUUACCGUCUCAAAGGCGCAGCUACUGACUGACUCAGUGCAAGUGGUGGAACCUUCUACCCAAAUCAGCUCUGCAAUAGCUGACAAGACGAUUAUGCCAAUUGACCACCACCCAGAAGGCAGCUCCUCACAGGCAACACCUCCGAAAGACGUACUUGAAUCAAUCGAUGCUGAAGAGGAUGAGGACAAAGGCAAAGAAAACAAAGAUAAGAAAAUGAAGAGCAACGACGAUAAAAAGGGACCUGCAAAGGCACUGUUCAAAGGAAAGAAGUAAACUUUCCCUUUUUAGACUACCGUCGCAUGACAAAACGAGUGCAAGCACACUAUCAGGGCGACCAAGCAAAUAAGUGAAGUAGUCACCUACGGAUGCAGCUUCUUACCAACCUUCUACCUUCGCCUCCUAAGUUUAUGUCACCUAAUAUUACUCCAGAUCAAUACCCCUGCAAUCUCUUAGAGUUGCAACCUAAGACUGUAUAUGUAGAAGUUUGCUUUUCAGACCUCCAGUACUACUAUCUAUGUAUAAUUAUCCAGUAUGUAAACCUAUGUUCGUUAUUAUGUGCCUUAGAACUUAAUGGGCUAGCAGCUUACUAACUAUAUUAUCGUUUCAUGUUUUACUGUCGUUGCUUCUGACUGGUGGCUUACACAAAUACCAGCAACUCCA